AGGUGCCGGCACCGCACGCGAGCUCGGAGGAGGGCCAGUUGUGCCGCAUCGACGAGCUCAAUAGAAAUGAGUUCCAGAAGGCUGGUGGCUUCGCCUGCGCGGCCUUCGGCGGCGCGUCCAGGGUGGACGAGGUGGGGAAGAUGCUUCGCACCCUGAGAGAAAGGGAGGCGGAGCUUAUCAUCUGCACCAAGGGACUGGUGGGCCCCGUCAAAAAGUGCCUGCUGGACCUGGACCUCCUGCAGCACUUCAGCGAGGUCUACGGCAACAUCGGCUCCAACUACGGCCUGCUGGCGUACGACCGCGAGGCUUCCACGGCGCAGACCCCCGCCCUGGCCGAGCUCCUCGGCCGGCCGGACCAGGCGGCGGUGCUGGUUGCCGCCUCUGGCCCGGCGGGGCGACUGCGGUCCCGGCCCCGCCGCCCGCGGGGCCUGCGGCAGGCGCAGGCCGUGCUUCGAGCGCCCGUGCAGCGCCGCGCCGGCUUUCUUGGCAGAGCUGCCAGUUGCCGCCAGUGGCCCCUGGCUGGCGCCGCUGUCUCCAGCCUUGUGGAAGUCGAUUAUAUGGAGAGGAAGCUUGCUGCC